AUGGGUCCCUUUGUCAUCACGGAGCGAAUCGGAGCAGUAGCGUAUCGACUGGUGCUACCACCCAACAUGGCAGAUUUUCAUGAUGUGUUCCACGUGUCAGUCCUACGGAAGGUGGUGCGAGAGCCUGAGCUGGUUUUGUCCCAGCCACCCCUGGACGCGCAACCCAACUUAACCCUGAAUAGUACCCCCACCAGGAUUCUAGACCGGAAAGAGAUAGAUGACCGUGGAAAGAAGGUGCGGAUGGUACUAGUACGAUGGGAAAGAGAUGGGAUACCUGACGAGGUAUGGGAGCGUGAGUCCCAAUUUUUGGACGCCUAUCCGGGGAUGUUCCAGACAGAGACACAGCAGAAUUCGGGGACGAAUUCAGUUCUAGUGGGGGAGAAUUGUAACACCCCGGCCCAGGCCCAAGGGGAAAAGGCCCAACAGAGAGAAACCCUAAGUAACCCUAAUCCUAUCAACUAUAAAAGGAGGUGCCUGUAG